AUGUUAAGAUCUCUUGUUCUCGGGCUCGGACUUUCGUCCGCUGCUCUUGCCUGCGACGGCUGCACCGGAACCGGCGAUGUGGAGAUGGUUCGACGUGCCCGACUUAUCCAGCCGCGUAUGCAGCCAGAUGCCAUUCCGGCAAUCAACGGUCCCAAAGGACCUUUGCCAUGGGGUCAACUUACCUUUGCGCAUACGUCCGAUACACACGGUUGGCUUAUGGGACAUGUUAAGGAAGAGAACUAUGGCGCAGAUUGGGGUGAUUAUGUCAGCUUCAUCAGACAUAUGAGGUAUAAGGCUAGGAAAUUGGGGGUUGACUUCCUUGUCGUGGAUUCCGGUGAUUUGCACGAUGGUGCUGGUCUCUCGGACGCCACUGCCAAGCUAGGCGGUGUGAACGGGGAAGUCAGCUUGCCCAUUUUCCAGAAUUUGGACUAUGACCUUCUCACGAUCGGUAACCACGAGCUAUACGUCGCUGAUGUCGCCUUCGAUGUCUUCGAGAACUUUGCUAAGUUCUACCGAUCGAGAUAUUUGACUAGCAAUGUUCAGAUCAUGGAUCCCAAGGAUGGAAAGUUCAAGUACAUUGGCCGCACGCACAAGUACUUCACCACCUACUUCGGUGUCCGUAUCAUGGCAUUUGGUGUCCUCUUUGACUUCACCAGCAAUGCCAAUAACUCCAAGAUCAUCAAGGCUAAGGACAUGGUUCAGCAACAAUGGUUCCUUGAUGCCAUUAACACCCCUGAGCCAGUCGACCUAUUCUUGGUCCUUGGACAUAACUCGGUCCGCAGCUCCACUUCGACCUUCCCAGUUAUCCGUGAGGCUAUCAGGAAAGUUCGCCCCGAUACUCCCAUUCAGUUCUUCGGUGGACACAGCCAUACCCGUGACUUCAAGGUCUAUGAUAACUCCAGCACUGCUCUUGAGCCUGGUCGUUAUUGUGAGACUGUUGGUUGGUUCGCCAUGUCCGGUAUCGAAGCCGGAACUGGCAAGCACAAGCCCGCCGGUGUCCCAACUCCUAGUCGUCCAGCUGUCAACGGCACUACCUCUUAUCUUUCGUACGCUCGUCGUUAUAUUGACUGGAACCGUCUCUCCUUUGAAUAUCACUCUGACAACGUCCGCACUUUUGAUACUCCUCGUGGUGAAUCUGUCACCGAUGAAAUCUGGGAUGAACGCCACCGUCUCAAUCUUACCAACCUCUACGGCUGUGCUCCACAAACUUACUGCCUGUCGUGCGCUCCCCAGACCAGCGAGCUUAGCAUCUACCCUCUUGUCCAAAAGGCCCUUUCCGCUGUUAUCGUCAACGAGGAACGUAAAGAUAUCCCCCGUAUGGUUUUCGUCAACACUGGUGGUUUCCGUUUCGAUCUCCUCAAGGGACCUUUCACCUAUGACGACAGCUUCAUCGUUGCUCCUUUCACCAAUGCCUUCCAAUACAUCCCUAAUGUCCCAUACGCUGCUGCAGCCAAGCUCCUUGACCUCCUCAACAACGGUGCUCCACAGAAGCGCGAUAUGGAUCGCAAGCACCGCUCUUUCAUCCCUAGCUCCGUUGAUGCCUGCCCACUUGAUGGUGCCCAAUUCAACUCCGGCCUCGUCAAGCGUAAGACCAUCAUCCGUCGCCAAGAAAUCGUCACCCCAGGUUACGUUACCAAGGACGACUUUGGUAUCGAUGGUGAUGAUACUCCUCACUCCGCCAUCCCAUUCUUUCGUACCACGAAUGAUAUCAUGGCUAAAGGUGGUUUCCCGACUGAUGGCAGCACGCCAGAGACGGUUGAUGUUGUUUUCUACGACUUCAUCAGGAACUACGUUUUGACCGCCUUAGCGAAGGCUGGUGAGAACUACACUACUGCCGAUGUGGAGUAUUAUAUGCCACCUACCUUUACAUCAAAUGACUUCUUGCCAGAGUAUGCGAAGCGAUUCUGGUCUAAGGAUUGUUAA